CGUGGUGUUUACCCUAGCGACGGGGCGGCAUGGCCUUGCCGGAGGAUGACACGGAGAGCGUCCGGGCCGAAUCCCUCAUCCGGGAAAAGGCGACAUUCCCGGUGCUCCAGCUGUUUGGGAUAGUGGAGGACCUCAGCUAUGAAAACGCCACCCUCAAAAUCGAGACCGAGAUGUUUGAAAAAUAUUUCAAUAAACUGGAGCCAAAAGAGCAGCGUGGCUCACGAAUGACAGAUUUCAAAACCUCUUCGGUGGACUUUUCCCAGUUACGUAAUCGACGGAAAUCCAAAUCCAGGGCCACAGCGGAACGUCUCAUCAGCUUAACAGUGGAUCAAAAAUACGAACUGGGACAAAGGGAGCUGGAAGAAACCAAGGAAGAAAUAAGGCGGAUGAGGGCCAAUUCUGAACGGGAGCUGCAAAAUCAGGAGGCCAUCCUGGAGGAAGCGGAAAUCCACUGGGCGGAACUUAAGAAAGCCAUGCAGGACUUCGACAAGGAUAUUCUUCAAACCAUACCCAAGAAGAAAGGAAGCAUCCUGGCCACUCAGAAGAUAAUGAAAUACAUGGAGGAUAAGAACCGACUCAGGGAGGUCCUGAAAGAUAAAUUGCGACUGAAGAAUAUCUCUCUCAAAGUCCAGAAGAAAAAAAUACUAAUGCACCUGAAACAGAAGGAAGAGGUUGACGAAGCUCUCCACGAAGUCGACUUUCAGCAGCUGAAGAUUGAGAAUGCUCAGUUUCUGGAGAAGAUCGACGAGCAGAACCAAGAACUGCUUCAGUUAAAGAUGACAGCGGGAAACACCCUCCAAGUUCUCAACUCCUACAAACAAAAGUUGCAGAAUGUGAUGGAGACAUCCAGACGCCUGGAAAAAGAGAUCUCCUUGAAAAGAGAAAUGCUGGAGAAAAUUGAAAGGGAAAUCAUACUAAGAGAAGAGGAAACAGCCCAAGCAGAGAGUUUAAGUAAGAAAUUAAAGCAGCGGCUCUCAAAUUAUCAAGUACCUCAUGUAAUGAGUUAUGUCCACGAGACCAUGAAGAGCUCUGAACUUGAGAAGAGUAUCAAGAUAUGGGAGAGGAAAGUAGAGAUUGCAGAGCUGUCCUUAAAAGGUUACCACAAAACUUGGAAUCAAAUGAAAAUGGCUAAACAAGCACAGAUGCGUGUUCCGCUCUAAGGCAGCCAACCGGAGGUUAUGCUUGAGUCCAACUUCUCAAGACAGUGAAAUUGGAAAAUUAGAGAUAUCUUGUCUGUGAAUAAAAUACAAAACUUCUAAGCAAAUCCCUACCAGUGUUCA